GCGGUGUUGAAAUCCUCCACCAGAUGAGAGACAUUGCUUUGAUAUUGCGAGAUUAUUUGAAGUCUGUUUUACUGAAGGUAAACUUAUCUUCCUCGUUUAAUUGUAUUAUAAAUACAUCUUAUUAAGUACAAAUCUAUAAUUUUAUUCAUCAUCCUUAUUAUAAUUUUGUAUUAACAUCUUUUAUUGCCAGUGGUCACUAUAACAACUUAUCUAUAUCAUAGACCUUAAUGCUACAAUGUUGUUUACUUUGAAUUCAAAAAGUGGAUAAAAACAAGACGAGCAAAGAGCUUAAAUGUGCUUCAAUCCGAGGACCAUUCUUUCAUCUAACCUUGUAAUUAUCUAAUUGGUGACAUUCUAAUAUUUAUUAGCUGAAACAUAUGCCAAAGACCUGUGAACUUCCUAUUCAUCAAGCCAUUAUCAAUUCCAGAAAAUACCAAAACAAAGAUACAGUGUAUUUGCUGAUUAUUUGAUCUCAUCUUCUUCGAUUUACUGACAUUUCUUGGCUUCCAAGCUUCAAUAUCAUAUCUGAUCAUUUACUGGUUAUCUUGAACCACUGUCUUGAGCAACUGUAUACUGUUCAAUUAAACUCAAAUGGUUAUCCAAUGUCGAAGAUAUUCUGAUGGUCCAACUUUUACCUUAUCCUAGUUAAUGCAAUUACAAAAGAUCAAAAAUGGAUCUACAUGAUAAUGCAAAAAAAGUAGUAGUGUGUUCAGCAUUAUUCGCUGGAUUUGCCUACUUCAGUCUGUCUGUUUUACGAAAUGUAUUUUCAAAUCACAAAAAAACAUCAAGCACUGAUAAAAACAAUCGCAAAGCCAGUCAGAGCGUACAAACAGAAGUUACUGUACCAGUUAAAGAAGACAGAAGAUGGUGCAAAUUAUCGCCGGAAAUGUGGGGACCAUGGGCUAAAACAAUUCAAGACAGAAUCAAAGAGCUUAAUUUAAAAGCAGCAGCUUCAGGUGUAGUUCUUAGACAAGGAAGAGUUCCUUCAAUAACAGCCAAUGUUUCAAGUUUAAGCUCUCAUAAUACACCAAGACAUUCCCCGAGAACGCGAAGCCCUACUCGUUUGGCAAAUCAAAAUAAUCUCAGUCAGUCAGUUGACAACUUAUCUAAAGAUGUAAAUUAUCUUCCAAAUGGAUCAGUGGUGGAUGGUAACUCUAUUCCAACUAUUAUACCUCCAAAUGAAACAGAGAUGGCCAAUUACAAGAAAAUAUUGGAUACUUUAUUCGGACAAAAGAAUCCUAAUUUGUCUCAACAAGAAGCAAGUGUUCUUGGAAUGCUGUUGAUGUGCGAUGACGAUGAAUUAUUGGUAAAAACACUUUCUGUAAUAGCAGAUUGUGCUGUAUUCACACCAAAUAUCAACAUAAUUUGUGAUUCCGGCUGUUUAGUCAUGCUUUUGCAUUUACUCAACACUAACUCUGAUCCAUCGGUGGUUGCUGCAGCAACUCAAGCAAUUGGUAAUUUGGCAACUGGCGAACGAGCGCAAGAGCUGAUGAAACCUUUUAUAAUUCCUUUGAUGAAGAAAUUGAAGACUUCAUCUCAUUUACAAUUGACUUGGUCUCUUCUUGCCCUCGCUAAUCUAGCUCAUAAGGAAUCAAAUCACACCGACUUUCUCGACCAUUUGAAUGAAUUGAUAGCCCUGGUUGAAAAGGGUUGUUCUCGUGUUCAAUUACAAGCUCUUAAAAUUUUGGUAAAUCUAUCUUGUAAUCAAAACUCUAUUGUCUACAUAUUAGCGGCUAAAUGUCCAGGCAAUUUUCAUAGCUUAUUGGAGCCAACGACUGACGAAGAAAUUUUGAUUCGCUUGUGUUCCUUUAUUUGCAAUCUAGUGGAAGCUGUUUUCAGGCGAAACAUUAGACAUCAAAAUUUGCCAACAAUUAACAAGGUUGCAUCUCCAGAAACUCUAUACACAGGAAUAUUUGGUGUCCAAUCAAUCGAGAUUCUGAAAGAAAAACUUACUUCACUUGCCCGGUAUCCGAAUGAAAAUGUUACUUCCUCAGUUCAUCGGAUUCAAAAGAAGUUGAUUGCCCUUUGAAUUCAAUGUUUUUCCAGUUUUUCAGCUAUUUAAAGUAUUAAUCGAGAUUGUUUUGUAGAUUAGUUAACAAAUUAAUUUAAUUUGCUGUUAUAUUUUUGAGCUUUUCUUUUUGAUAUUUGAAUGCUGAAUUUAAUUUCUCUGCAAAAUUUACUAUUUUCUUUCAAUGGUGAACAUUGACGAACAAGCUUUCUAUUGACUUAAAACAACUAUCAAAAAGUAUGUGCCAAGGCUCAUGGAAUAUCGUCCGUUCUUCAUUUCCCUGAAUCUAAAUUAAUCGAGUAUCCUCAAAAGAAAGACAUUUAUUCUAACUUAUGCUAAAUUGUACAACCAAUGCAUUAUUGCAUAAAUUAUGAAAUUAUAUCAAAUUGUACAAUAUAAGUGCAAAAAUAUAUAAUACUAUAUCAGCAAUUUUGUCCUUCACGAAAGUGGCAGGAUUGUGUGUACAGAUCAAAACUUGACGUAAAUCAAUAAAAGUUAUUCAUUGAGAUUUAAA